CAGUGGUACACACGUGCAGCUCCGUGCAUUUCAAGAUCAAGAUGGCAGCUUCCGUGUGUCGUUGCUACGAGCUGGUCGGCAGACGUGCCUUGGCUCUCUGCUUCCGCCCUACGGUCUCUUCUGUGUGGAGAGGAGAUGCCUACACGUUAACAAGGAGUCCAGCUGCAAUGGUGCAGGUGCGAUAUUCUUCAGGACGUAAAGGUUUCUUGGGAGAGUUUGUGGAUAACCUGCGGCAGGAACUCAGUAAGAAUCAGGAGAUGAAAGAGAACAUCAAGAAGUUCAGAGAAGAGGCCAAGAGGCUUGAGGAGUCUGACGCUCUUCAACAAGCCCGCAAGAAAUAUAAAUCUAUUGAGUCGGAGUCCGUGAAGACUUCAGAGGUGUUUAAGAAGACCUUCGGCUCCCUGUCGGAGACCGUCAAGGAGGGUCUUGAGGAGGUGAGUCGUACUGAGAUCGGGAAGAAGAUCAAGGAAAGCGUGGAGGAGGCUGCCAAGACAGCCAUGCACUCUGCUGAGUCAGUCUCCAAAGGAGGAGAAAAACUGGGUAGAACCGGCGCCUUCAGGGCCAUCUCACAGGGUGUGGAGACCAUGAAGAAGGAGAUAGACGUCGGGGAUGCCGGCGCUUACAGAGCUCCCCCGCAGCUCAGGAAGAGAAGCGAUUUCUCCUCCAAAGGAGCCGACUGCGACUCCAGAGUGUUUGAGGCCAAUGAAGAGGCUAUGGGUGUCGUUCUCCACAAGGAUUCAAAGUGGUACCAGCAGUGGAAGGACUUCAAGGACAAUAAUGUUGUUUUUAACAGAUUCUUUGAGAUGAAAAUGAAAUAUGAUGAAAGUGACAAUGCCCUUGUCAGAGCAUCCAGAGCUGUGACUGACAGUGUCACUGGCUUUCUAGGUGGUCUUUUUUCCAAAACUGAAAUGUCUGAGGUGCUGACCGAGAUUGUGAAGGCUGACCCCACCUUUGACAAAGACUCUUUCCUCAAACAAUGCGAGAAAGACAUCAUCCCGAACAUACUGGAGGCUAUGAUUCGAGGAGAGCUUGAAGUGUUGAAAGACUGGUGCUAUGAAGCUACGUACAGUCAGCUGGCUCACCCCAUCCAGCAGGCCAGAGCGCUGGGGCUGCUCUUUCAGUCCAAAAUCCUGGACAUUGAUAACAUAGAUCUAGCGAUGGGUAAGAUGAUGGACCAGGGCCCAGUCCUGAUUAUCACCUUCCAGGCUCAGGUCGUCAUGGUGAUCCGCGGCCCCAAAGGAGACAUUGUGGAAGGAGAUCCGGAGAAGGUGAUGAGGAUGAUGUAUGUUUGGGCGCUGUGCCGUGACCAGGAGGAGCUCAACCCCAACGCUGCCUGGAGACUCCUGGACAUCUCCGCCUCCAGCACGGAGCAGGCUCUGUAGGAGUAGACCAGGGGGAAAAUGGAGACACACAAACUGAAGGAGGGAUGAGACGCAAGGAUGGGACUGGAACACACACACACACACACACACACACACACACACACACACACACACACACACACACACACACACACACACACACACACACACACACACACACACACACACACACACACACACACACACACACACACACACACACACACACGUACGUCUACAUCUGAGUGCAGGGCGCUCCCAUGCCCCUGUGUCAUGCCAGAGACUGUGUCGGCGCGCCUUCACAUUCCCGAGGAUUUAUGUUCACACGUCAUUCUCCUCUCUGUGGCGCGAAGACAUAAAUGGACUGAGACAAACUGCCGGUGGAUCGUCCAUCCGUAGAAAACUGUGCGUCCACCAUAUGCGUGGGUUGUCUCGUGCACCGGUUCGCUCUGUGUUUGGGUUUCCAGGUGCAGAGGGAAUGCAGAACACUUGCAUUGCUUUUUGGGAUGGCUGAAACCAAACUUUUUCAACAACAGGUGAAAGAGGAGAGAACCGUCCCCAAUUCCAUGAUUGUGUCAUCGAGGGGUACAGUCCAUCCGCACCGGGCUGGUGGCUCGAUCCAAGAAAACAAAAAAUGGCAGCGAGUUGCGUGAUGGAAAGACUUGUUUUUCAAGAUUGGCCCAUAUUAUAGAUUAAGGAUCAAGACAUCCAAGCCUCCGCUGCUUGGAUUUCAACCAUUUUAAUUCUUUCAAUAUAUGCAUCUCCUGUGAGUCUCCGAACGUCAUUAAACUGCAAUAUUAAAUGUUUGGAGCACAACUUUGAGGGUUGAAGUGCAAAUUGUGGGUUUGCCUGCCAACAAAUGUGUGCAUGGUUUGUUUAUGCAGCUUCCCAAUUUAAUAUAAAUAUAACUGCACAUCAACUGUUGAGUGUAUACACCCCUUAAAACGAAUACCAUAAAAUCCCACGAGAGGAGAUGAAACCAUUGACAGUCUUUAAUGUUAGACAGUAAAUAGUUGACGGUUUAAUUUUUUUUGACCAAAUUACAAGCGAUCAUGAAGAUAAAUUCAUUCUCAAAGAAUUCUGCCUGUACCUGCAAACAUCCACUGUGGUGUUGUUUUUUCUUGGUUCCUCUUGGCCUUUCUCAUCUGAAACUUAUCAACACUUAAGUACAUAAAGGAAGAUGAGGCUUGAACCAAAUAGGGCAGGAUGUAAUAACCUGUGUAGCCCGAGAAACCACAAGCAGCUGGAGAUUGCCUUUGUUUUUUUUAACAUACGUUCUCAUAUGCCGUCAUGCAUUUGGCUCCCAGUCAGUGUACAUGCACUCUCAAGAAGAACUGUAUUGUAUUUACAUAUAAAUGUUAAAUGUUGACUUUAUAAGUUUGGGAGGGCCCACAUUCAAAUGUCAUUGUUAUGAUUUGAUGAUCAUUUGACAUGUAUAUAUUUAAAAGCUGUUUGUUUUUACUAAACACUUUGGUUUACUGUUGCUGAA